GUUGUCUCUGAGCCUACUUCGUUUUCUAUCGUAAAUGGGUCAUGAAGAUGCAAGCCAACCUCCCCUCUCCUGCCCAGCUAGCCCUUGCCCUGGCAAUCGUCAAGCAGAAGCCACCCCAUCUGGAUGUCAAGGAAUACAUCCUCCAGAUCCGCCAGCAAAUCAAGAGCACGGCAGAAGCCGACGAAGUGUACACGCAGAAGAAAUACUUCGACAGCGUAUCCUUCUGGCAGCAGGCGUACGAGCGAUCCGAAGCCGAACAAACCAAACUCCUCGACCGUAUCUACGAAUUGGAGCGUCGGAAUGAUGCCCUCCUGGCUAAAACGCAGGGACAGGACACGGCUGACGUAGAGAGAGCUGCGGACUCGACGAAGAGGAAAGGUGGUGCUGGGGAUAAGAACGGCGGUGGUGGACAGAUGGCAAGGAAGAAAACGAAGACACAGGGGCGUCUUUCUCAGAUCGUCACCGUGCCGUCCUUUCCCGAUUUAUGUGGAAAGGAGCUCGAGUAUCAGGAAGAAGCUAUGGGCCCGUUUAUGCGACAGCUGUGCGCCCUGCAGAGAGUAUUGAAUAAGCGUCCUACUCGCUUGGAUGUUAUUCACGCUGUGGUGAUGUUUUGCAAAGCGGCAGAAAGUGCUGUUAUCGAUGCAGUACAGGAACCUAUUGCGGUGGCUCGUCCGGCCAAGAAGAAGGGUAUACUCCAGACGAAGCCACCAGAUGCCCUUGACACAUUGCGGACGCUGGAGAACGCAUUUGGCAUCUUGACACAGGCAUUGAAAAAGAUAACUAGCUCUGAGAAAACGGCACGAGGAUCAAGCCAAGUUCCGUUUGCCCUGGUGGAACUCUACGAAACCAUCAUGGGUGCGCUCGAACGUCGCUGCAGAGCGAAAGCGGAGAGCUCCAUGACGCAAAUCAAGACCAAGGCCAAAUCCUCGAAACGAAGCCAAAAAACGAAGUCUGGGCCAAAAGUAUCUCCUGCCACCCACGGCUAUGGCGCCCUCCAUGCAAAUACUGAAGACGACAUCUCUGCACGUCUUUCCUGUCUUCUUCACACACUGACCCUGUCGCUCGAGAUUCCGGGACAGGAGCACCAAAGCAUUCUCGAAGGAUUUCUGUUCAUCUUACUCGAUCGAGUCGGAAAGGUUCUUAGUCUCUUUGUCUUCCAGGACUUACAACUGCGGCCUGAUCUCCGGAUCGAUUCAUCUAAACUGGCGCUUCCCAGGGGUCUGGAGAUGGUUAACGAGAUGACAAUAUGCGCAGCUCAGAUGGAGGCAAGACAGCUGAUUUGGGUUUUGGAGAGACUGUUAGCCAUGCUGAAUGAACACCCGGCAGCUAUGACUUUGAGGUUGAAGGAGAGAUUGCAGGGUACUCUUCUUCAAGGGGUGUUUGGCAUCAACUCCGAGUGGCCGAGCCCACUGCAGCGCCCUGUUCGACCGGGUGAUGACGAAAACAACACCCCAGCAGCUCAUUGCCAGGUUCCUGAUCAACCCGUCCCGGAGUGGUUUAUUCAGGAGGUAUGGAGACUUCUAGGAUGGGAGAUAUUGACGAACAGCCGACCCAGAGACGAGGGGCAAAGCGCCGAGUAGUAAGACGGGCUACUUCCCCAGAGGUGAACCGAAAGAUAUUCCGUGGCAAGGAUAGCCACACAAGGGGCUGUAUAAUUAUUAAUUGAACCCAUCCAGGAGGUGACUAUAAGCUAUUUAAUUAUAGGGAUGGAUGGUGGGAGUGACAAGAGGGCACAAGGUGGGUUUCAACCAUCAUCCCUCGCAUUUGUCAAUAUAAUAUUCCCCUUUCUGUAACAGCUCAUCGUCCGUAUUAAUCCGGGCUCUGAUAAACCUCUCCACAUUGCACAAAGCCAGCCGUUCCUGAUUACCCCUGACAAUGUGACCCGGAUUAUCGAUGUGAUGCAAGCUCCCAUCGGAUGGCUAUGUGAGGUAUCUCAUGCAUAUCGGAAGGAUACGUACAUACAUACUACCACACAAACAC